AGACGAGCUUGAGCCUGACAGUAGAAGCACGCGCUGCGAGUGUUUGAACUUUACACGCGUCUCCGACUAAUGUACAUACAUGAAUACCGAGGUGUCGGUUCUGUACUUUGCAAAAAGUGCUGAAUUAACGGGACUUAAAGCGGAGAACAUCACUGUUCCGUCAAACAUUACAUCUCUACAGCUGUGGCAGGAUUUGGAGACCAGACAUCCGAGACUGUCUGUGUUACGGGAUCAGGUGGUCCUGGCAGUUCGGCAGGAGUACGUGCCUCUGGGUGCUCAGCCCUUGACCCUCAGAGAGGGAGACGAGGUGGCCAUCAUACCACCCCUUAGUGGAGGGUAAACGAAUUA